AUGAGGGAUGCUCAACUACCGGACCUACCGAUAGAUGGCUCUACCAGCUGAUUACUGUCGUCUGUAUUGCCCGCCAUAUUCGUAUUUGGCAAGAAGUUUCUCUCGGUCUGUACGGUGUAUAAGGAAUUACGGAUUAUCGAAAUGGUGAUUUCUUGUUCCGCUUUCAAUUGUACGAAGCGAUGGAGUAAGGAGAGUGACUUACCAUUUCACAGGUUUCCUCUAAAGCACCCAGAGCUACCAAAGACGUGGAUUACUUCCGUGAAGCAGAAAGAUUUUAAUCCUACGUCUUGCAGUUUUCUUUACAGAAACCAUUUCCGACAAGAUGAUUACGCAGUGAGCCCUGGAACGUGGAAGAAACGUUUCAAACCCGAAGCAGUGCCAUCAGUUUCCGACACAUUUGAUGCACCAAAUAAACAGCCACGACGACAUGUUGUUAGGAUUUUGAGUGACAACGAUGAUUCUACAUUUGAGCGUUCUGUCAUGGAAUCCGUGCUCGAUUUGCCCAUUGCAGACGCUACUGAUUGCGUGGAGAAUAUUGUCAAUGAGAAUUCUUCCGUGGAAAGCAUGUCACACUUACCCAAUGCAGAAGCUGCGAAUUGUGUCGAAAACGUUAGUAUAAGGAUGUUUUCACACCCCCAACGUUUUCUUAUAAUAUUUUUUCAUCAAACCUUCAGUUAUUUCAAUCGUAUAUAACGAAAUUAUUUCCUUAUUUAGAGUGCAGUUGGUUCUUCAGUAAUUGAUUGUGGUAUACAGUCGAAAGUAUAAAUGGAAGACAAG